GAACCCAUUUGUUAUUGUUCAUAUUACGAAAAUUGUGUAAAAAUUAAAUGCAUAUUUAAAGCAAAUACUUAAAUAUUUAAUAUAAAAUAAAUAUGUAGAAACAUUGAAGUGAAAAGUUAGUGUAUAAGAAGUGCAUAAUAUAAAAGAAAAGAUAACCAUAAAUCGAGAAAUUGUAAAAUGAAAUUUGUGAAAUUUUCAACUUAAAAUGAAAAUAUCUCGAAAACAAUAAGUUUCCGGCGGCAAUAAUUAUAUAUAUUCGUGAUCUGGAGAAUCUCCUCUAUAAAACCAUACCACUUCUAACCCUGAAAUCGUGGGAUGCUAAACUAAAGUCCACCCUAAUUGCCAAUUAAGUGAAUGGUUAAAAGUAAUUGUGAUAGCGAAUGUUGUAUAUAUUUGAAAUUAUAAGUAUAGAGUAUAUUGAUUUUAAAAAUUGAAGGUUACAGUGGCGAGUUUCAAUAACUAUUAUGCGUUACUAAUUGAGUGUUUUCUAUUAACUCUCUUAUAUUCCAAAAAGGCAACACUGAAAAUGUCUUCAACAUGCAACUCUACUGAAUAUUGCGAGUUCAUUCGCCGUCGUCGCUUUCUUUCCGCCAUUACGCGAUGAAUUGUUUUCCAUGAAGUAAAAUGAGUGCGACGUGCUGUAAUAACUUUUUCUAAAUUUGCUGUAAAAAGUGAACGUCUUAUAGCACGCGAAACUUCAAGUAAUUUCUAAACAUCAAAUAAGAGCGUACGUUAUGGAGUUAUUUAAAUUUUAGUGUAGAAAUUUAGAAAAGCGAAGUAAUAUGUGAAAAGGCUAACGUAGUGGUUUCCGUGUCAAAGACAAUAUACGUCUAAUGUUGAUAUGCGGGCGGUUUUUACACCGAAAGAUUGCGUUAAUAAUGCAACAAGCUGGUGAAUUCAUUUUUAGUAUAAAAUAUGUAAAAAUUCAUGAUAUUUAGUUGAAGCGUUCAAAGUUCCCAAAUAAUACAAAAUAUUAGCCAAAUGCCGUGCGUGAAAGAGAAAACUAAACUAAGCCAACUAAUGUUUGAAUUAACAAGAUUUCAUAUACGUGUACAUAGUUUGAUAGUAAAUGUAACUUUUACUACAAUUAUAAAAAAAUCAAAUUUUUCAAAUAUAAUUUAUAUCAGUUGGAUAUAAACUUUUUUGGCGAUUUAAUUAAAAUAAAUAAUUUGUGUCAGUUUUAUUUCAAAUAAUGGUAUUUGUUCUAUAUCAAUACUACAAUAUUUAUUCAAAACUGUGUAGCCAUAUAAAUUCCUAAAAAUCCACAUUCCUGCUCGCAUAAUAUAGUUAUUUUUUUUUUUUUUUGAAUAAAAGUAUACUCGUUUGUAAAUAGUUAUAGAAGUUACUGUCUGUUAACUAAUAAAGUUGUCAUACAUAAAUUUCUUGAGUUUAAAAAUAAAUAUUGUAAACAAUUUGCGAAAUCUGCAUUUUUAAACAUUAAAAUAUAUAAUUAUGUUCAUUGUUUAAGCUUUACCAAAAUUUUAAAAUAUAACGGGAAAUAAGGAUGAAUUUUUAAUAGUGCUUGUUCAAUACUGCGAAUGAUAGCAUGGAUUUAGUUUUUGUGUUUUUAUGUACUCACUGAGGCUUUUCAUUAGUUAAUUAUUAUAAUGCUUAAAAUUAAUAAUUAUUUAUAAUUUUGUUAUGAAAUUAUUCACUGUUGAGUUUUGUUUAAAUUUGAUUUAGAUUGGCUAAAAACAUUCUCCGAAAGACACAUUUAAAGAAUGUGCUAACCGAGUAUAUGUAAGCCAAGUAAAAAAUACAAUUAAAAACUUUCUUUAUGAAAAUAAAUCUACCUUUAUGUUUAUGUCGCAUGGCAAAUUGUACAUAACACUUCCGAUAUAUAAACACAAUAAAUAAAAAAUAGCGAUUUGAAGUCUAUAUACCCGAUAUAACCAGUCGACUUGUGCAUGUGUGGUUCUUUGUUUUGCUCAGUAGUGGAGUGUAUUAUUGUUUCUAGGUUGACAUUUUUAAUUUACUUUUUACCGAUCCAAACAUGGCCAGGUCUUGACCUUAUAAUAUCCGGGUCAAGUCAUGUAACGUAGAACCGGCUGUUAUGAAAUUGUUAUCAUGUAGGUAUGACAUUGUUGUCAUGAUGGUAUCCGGCCAUUUUAAGUCAAAAGAAUGUCUUUAUAUUGUAAAACAAGAUAUGGAAAAUGUUUUGACAUUUGUUCUCUAAAUUCAUUUAUUAAUUAUUUAAUUUCAACUACUGAUAGACGGAUAAACACAUAUAUUCUUAAUAUGGGGAUAAUAAUAAAAUAUUUAAAUUUAAUCGAAGAACUGACAAAUUUUGUAUGCGAUAAUGGACAUUAUAUCAUAUCCAUAAAGUACUUUAAUAAUAUUAAAAAGUAGUAUAAGUGGAAUUACAUAUGCACAUAUUCUUCGUACAUAGUCUUAAUAUGUGGUUAUCUGCGAACUAUUUAAAAUUUUAUCGAAGGACUCCCAUGUUUUUUUUUGGAACUAAUUACAAUCUAUUGAAUCGAAAAAAUAGCGAAUAGCCUAUUAAGCGUCCAUGUUCCGCAGUUAUCGUUGUUUUUUUAGUUCCGAUUAUUUUCAUUAAUAAAUUUAUUUUUGUUACGUUCAUUAUAAAUGAACACCAAGCACAUACAUGAUCUAACCAUUCGUUUAUGUCAAGCGCUCGAUCAAAAUUAUGAUGUGGUUAACAUGGAUGCAGUCAUGUCGGUUAUAUCAACCUUGGAGGGAACAACGAUUACAAAAGAGCAAUUGGAGACCACCAGAUUGGCAAAAUUUAUUAACCAUUUAAGACGUCGUACCAAGGAUGAGCAUUUAGCACGCCGUGCCAAGUCUUUACUUAAGAAAUGGCGUGAAAUGGUGGGAAUACAGCAACAACAGCAGCAAGUUAUUGAUUCCACAUCAAUUACCUCAUCUGCAACUGUGCCGUCUGUAUCUGGCCAUAACUCUAUUACGUACCAACAAAAAAAGCUUCGAUCGCAGUCUGUUUCUCCAGCUUCCUCCUCAAUGCACAUCGAUGCGACACAACACCAAUCAAAUUCUAAUAUUACUCCAGUCGUUGUUGUACCUUCUGCACCUUCUGUCAUUGCAGAACACGUACCGCGGGUAACGAAUGUAAUAUCGGGUUCUUAUAAUAGCAAUAAAAGACUAGCAAAUAUCGAAAACCAAAAUGAAAGUACCAUCUAUGUUAAAAAACAGCCAACAAGUUUUGAGAAUGUUCUCGUUGGUUUUGGCGUUACGGAUAGAAGUAAUGUAGAUAUAUCAAGUAAUAAUUCAACGUUUCGUAAUAAAUUAAAUAAAUCUGUUCAACAAAAUGUAGUUCCGCCGGAUACAGAAACAUUUAUUAUUGAUCAAUCAUCAAAUUCAAAUUCUGGAAUGAGUUUGAUGCUUCCACUGAGCAGUCGUCCUGCAAAUCUCGCGCCCAUUAUAAUUGAUAUACAGGAUUCAAAUUCUGGUUCAAAUUUAGUUACUCCCAUAUCCACCAAUAUUCCUAUUACCACUAAAAUACUAAUACCUGGACCAGCCAAAGCAGAAUCGGUUAGUUUAGAUAGCAAACUCAGUACAGCGAAUUCGACAUCCCAAUCACCAUUAAAACAAAAAAAGGAAAGAAAAGAAAAAAAACGUAAAGAAAAAGGUGAAUACGAUAUUCAAGCAGAAAUCGAUGCCGUCGGCGAUUCAAAAGCUGACACUGUUAUAUUAGAUGAUACAUCAUCAAAUCAACAGCAUCAUCGUAAGUGUGGUGAAAACGACGAGAAAUAUUCAUCUUUUGCUAAUGAAGAAAAGUCUCGUUUGACAUAUCCAGAAAUUCUUUCGCUACUGGAUAAUAGUUCAAUGAGCUCUAUGUUCCCUCCUGAAAAUUCAGCACAUCCUAUUGAUGAACAAAAUAAAGUAAAUUGUUCUGCUAGUAAUAGUAGCCGUACAUCCUUUAACUUGUCAACAUCUGACUUAACAUUUGCUGGUAAAUUCCAGCCAAGUGGCGCAUUGCUUCCAACAACAUCCAGUACCGACGCUGUUUUAUAUAAUACUUUUCGUCGGACUGUCUCACCAAAAAUUACACAUACAAACCAUUUUUCUUUACACUCUGGCCCCAUGACGACACAAUUUACACCAUUUCGCGAUAUUGGUUUCAAUUCAAAUGAUAGCAACUCCUAUAGUCAAGCUUCACAAACGGAUCUCGUCGAUGUGGUUAGUAAUGAUAAAAUGAUGCAUGCUCAACGGAGGCAGGAUAAUUUGAAUUUACAGAAUAGAGCUGUUCCAGCCAUACAUAUGCGAACCCCACAAAUAGUGGCAGGACCAAAUGUCCCUCUACCGAAAUUGCAAAUGUCAAACACUUCGGAUGUAACCUCAAAUGCUGCUCUUUCGCCAGAGAAGAAAAUACCAAGAAAGCGUGGACGUAAAAAAGGCUCUAAAGGGGUUGAUUCUAUUAUUGCAAAAGAAACUAGUCUCUCAUCUCAAAUGCUGAUAUCAUCACUGGGUAUGGGUAAUAAAAAGGUUAAAACUACGAAAGAACUCUAUACUGAAAUGCAAAAUCGAAAGUUGGGCAUAAUGACUUCUUCGCCUUCACCGUCUUCAACUGGGUGGCAAAUGUCACAGCAGCAACAGCAAGCAUCACGUCCAACAUCAUCUUGUUCAGAACCUUCCUUACAAUCACCGCAUACUUUUGAUGCCUGUUCCACCAAUGCCACUAUGUCUACAAUGGCUACACGUUCUACACCAGAAAAUUUCUUGACUAAUGCACAUGCAGGUGAAUGUGAAACUACCAGCGAUACAGGUACUUCAGAACCCUCUCGUGAUAGCUCUGCAGUCCCUAAGCACCUAAAGCGCUCACUAUCUAUCGACAGUAAUAGUAAUAUUCAACAACUGCCUGAAACGAAAAUUAAUACAAAUCGUCUGGUUGAAAGCAACAUAAAUAGUGAUUCCGGAAACCAAAUUGCUGUAAUUGAAAAACAGUUAAUUGAGAUCUUAAAGAAAUUGCCGACUGUACCACUUACGAAUGCCAUUGAAUUAAAGUGCACUGCAGAGUUAGUACCAUGUACAUGUAAAGUAAUUGAAAUAUCAACUAAUAAUGACUCAGGCGAGUCCGUUAGGGUAAACGAAGGAGAGCCCACAAAGGAAAAUGAACAGAAACCGAGCUAUCAUGAAAGCAUUCUAACCAAAGAGAUGGACACAUUUUCUAUUAAGCUCGAAACUAAUAGAAAUACUUUUAAUUCUGAUAAAAGCGCUUUGAAGCAGAUGUCACCGAAUUCUCCAUUGCCGCCAACUGUUCCUAAACCGAAACCGAAGAAAUCAAUAUUUGAUCUUGAUUUUGAUGAAGAUGAGGAUCCACUGCCUAAAAUAAUAGCGGAGGCCGCUGCUGCUGGUUUGAAAAAAGAACAGGAAAGUAUUGCAGAAGCCGAACCAGAACCAAAAAUUAUUGAAACAACUGUUAGCGAGUUCCAACAGUCCCAAUUACUCGUUUUUAAAGUGCCCAUUGAACACACUUUAACUCAAUUGAUUGAGGAGAUACCUAUCCUUCCUACGUAUGAAGUUGAAGAGGAUCCACAGUGUGUGGCAAAGCUGCGCUUUGACUUACAAACCCAAAAAAUUACAAAAUUUCACAUUGAUGCCUUACAUAAUUGCUUCAUACCGAAUGUCAAUGGUAAUUGGGAUGAUUCUAAUUAUACCAUUGCACAGAACAUGGCACUGAAUCAUGUUACCACAGAAGUCGACGUCGAACAUGGAUAUGUAGUAACAGAUGGUAGCAAUGUUGUACCAAAGUACGGUUCUCUUGCAACGGAACGCAUACCUAAAGAUUUAAGUCAUAUAAAUUUUUUUGAAAUCUCCAUGCCUAAAAAGGCAGCAGCGACUCCUCAAAUGUUCACCAUACCAUUUUUAGGUGUAGCUCGUUCAGUGUUAUUAAAUAAAUUUAAAUUAAAGUCGCACAAACGUAAAACAUGCCACAAAGCAGAUGGCACUGCAUUAAAUAAACGUGCGUCUCGUAGUGAUAGCAGUGCAGUGGAACAGUUUGAGGCGAAUAAAAGAAUUGAAGAGUACAAGACUGAUGAAAACAGAAUUUGUGUCAGUGUCAUGACAGAAAAUAAUCAAACGGCAUCAGGAAAUUGUAAUGUAAUAGAUGACUCUGAGUUACCCGAAUCUAAAGGUUUAGCAUAUGUUUGCGACCAAUUAAAUGAUACAGUGCUUAGUUUAACAAAAAGUUCCGACGUAGCGGCUGGUGCUAUUGUAAGUAAAAAUAACAAUAAUAAUGUGAUGCUUAAAGACAUAACUAUUGAUGUAGCCGGUCACGGCUCUGACCUAUUUCUGACACAUUCAAAUGAGUUAAACGAGAGUGAUCGGAAUGGACAAAAUCUACUUGCUAUUGCUGAGCAUUUAGAUUAUAGCUCAAACAUAGCUACAAAAACGCCGUCGAAUGUAUCCAACACAGUCAUAGAACCAAAAAAAAAUCCUAAAGAACUCCGGGGAUAUAAUGAGACUGGCUCCCCAGUUGUUACAAUUACUGAUUCUAGUUCCAAAUUAGACAGCAGCUUAUUCCAUAAUACAAUAGUGCCCAUGGACACUGCAGUAAAUGCAACCUUUUCAGUAAACUAUGAUGAAAAUGCAUAUAGUCGACGCAGCAGCAGCUGUAGUUACUCAAGUUUGAAACAAAGCCAACAGUCGAUUAAGUGCAAAUUGAGACGUAAGUUUCAGGAUCAAAAGAUUUUGGACGUAAAUGCCGCAAGGAAAAGUAAACGCAGAAAAGGCAUUGGGCGACCUGUAGUUGACAAUGUACAUGGUGGCAGUGCUGAACAGGAUAAUAAACAACCAAGAAUCAAACGGAUAAAAAUAGCAAUAAAUGGUAAAGUGGCAACUCAAAUGCAAUUUUCAGGUGGGAGCAGUGAUGAAGACAACGUGGAACCACCUACAGACGGUAACGGUGAUGGGAAAGAAAAAACUCCCAUUGAGAAUCGAAAAAAAUGUGCAUGCAUUUUGACAUACAAUCAGUGUAACUUGACAAGUGGCCAUGACGAGUUUUGUACAAAUUCGGGUGAAAACAACUUUAAUGAUGAACAAGAACUGGAGUAUGAUUAUUAUGGAGACCCAGAUGUUGAUGGUGAUGUAGAGUUCGAUGAAUAUGAAGACAUUGAUGAUUAUAAUGGUGAUUUCCACGAAGUUGUCACACGUGAUAUAUCGGCGUCUUCAACUGGCAAUAACCAUAUAGUACUAACCAUUAAAAAAACACCUAGUAAAACCAAUUCUCCCAUAAAUUCUCUUUCUGCCAUAUCUCCGAUUAUCGCAAGUAGUAAUACGUACGGUUCUCAAGCAUCAGCUGUAACAAUAUCACCCAUUGUAUCCAAUACAUCUUUUGUACAAACUAAUAAUAAUAGAGAUAUAGACAUGAAUUCGCUUAUUGUAAAAAAGCUAGAUGUUUGCGAAGGUAUAAAUAAUCUGUUAACAUCAGAAGUUUUAGAAACAACCAGUCUAUCGUCUAUUGAAGAAAUUCGUCCACAAUUUCUAUCCGAUGUUCAGGUAGGCACACAUUCAACUAUUCCAAAGUCGAACUUACAACAAUGCGGUGUUACUAAGAGCUCUCCAAAAAAGGUUUUAAGGUUUGAUGACCCAGAAAAUUGCGUAACUGCACCAAUAACUAAGAGUAUAAAUAUAAAAAAGCAGAGACAACGCAGAAGACGUAAAAUUAAAAAAAGUACAAAGGAGCCCUUAGAAUAUUUGCGAGAUGUAAAAUUUCACCGUGAGCUAUUUUUCUCACAUGAGGUUAUUGUAACUAAUGCUGCAGGAGUUAAGCAAAGCAUUUUAAAUUUUAGCAGCUGUAGCUCAAGUUGUGCCAAUGAUAGCGACUACGAUCAUUGUAAUGACUUAGCAGACGACAUAAGUGUUGUUUCCAAUGUAAAGUCUAGCGGCAUUGCUCAUUCAAAAAUUGACAUUCAAUUAGGAGCACUUAAAAUGGAAUCAUACGAACAAAAAAUGGCUGAGGCACAUCAGCGAAAACGUGGUUUGUCGGCAUCACCUUGUUCGCUUUAUUCCAGUUGCUCCACAUGUGAUUUUUCAACAGAAAAUGGAGUUAUAACUGAAGCCUGUAGUUUGAAUAGCUCCGAUAAUGUCUCGGGUGAUGUCCCGGAUCUCAAAAAUAGUAGUGGUAUUAAGGAAGGCGAUAUUGACGAAGAUAUAAUUAUAGAUAAAGAAAACGGUGCAGACAACGGGAAAUCUAUGCUGACUGUAAAUACUUUUAUCUCGAAGACGAAAAGUAUUUCAACGCUAGAUGAUGGUACUGGUAGUAACAUAGAACAUAAUGUCAACGAAGAAUUGCCUUUAGAAAACAAUGGACUAUUGUACUCUUUUAACAAUAUUUAUUACAUAAAAGAUAAGUUGGAGGCUCAGACCAAUCAUGGCACUAUAAGCAAUGGUAUUCUCGUAGAUGGGAUAGGAAAAGGUUAUAUACUUUGCGAUAUUGAGAACGCUGGCCCUGCUAUUGUUGAUGCAGCAAAACAACAGGAGCAAAUGCUCCCAAAUAAAAAUUGUGAUGAUUAUAAUAACAUUUAUAAUAAAAACAGUAAAAACAUUAAUUUAAUUAGAUACUAUAUUAAUGAUCCUAGUUUAAAACCUCAAAUUAAUCGUAGUAAACAAACUCGUAAUCAUAAUGAAUUUGAAAAUCGACAAGAGCAAAAUUACAUAAACAUUUAUGGCGAUUCCAAUGUUAAUGCUGUUGCAGCUGUUAAUAUUAAUAUGAAACAACAAUUCGUUGACGAUAAUAAUAAAGUUGUCAGCAAUGUUGGUUGUGCACCAAAUAUUGAACAAGAAGCUGAUAAUAUUGAUAAAAAUUUUAAUAAUAGUGGCACAAGCUGCGAAAAAAAUGUAAUAUACUCAUCCGUGCAAUCCCGGGGCACACAAAUAUUAUUACCACACAAAGAAAACCGUACAGGUUUGCGCGCUGUCGACGAGGAUGUAGAUGAUGAAGAUGGCAAUAAUUGUGCGCAGAUUCAGCAAUUCAAAGAGUGGCAUCAAGUGCUACAAUUGCGUUCCUACAAUGAUGAAUUGCUUACUGUACUCCCGUACGUAGUCCUUGAUUGAUUUCAAAGGAUUUUCACUCUUACUUCACUGAAGCAGUCAUAUACUGCAUUUUUAUGUAUAUGUUUUACGGCCUGCGUUUGUUAAA